AUAACCCUCAUUUAACCCUGGUAAGUAGGUGGACAUUUUCAAGGUCAUUCUAACGUUGCUCAAAGGUCGUCCAUAAAUUAUAGUCCCACCACAUUUUCUUCUGUAGGUACUACAACCAUGGAUCGCGAUUAUGCCCCACUUUCGUCCAGCUGUAUAAAGAACCUUGUGGAUAAGCUUUUUGAUAAACGCAAAUUAGCAUCUCAAGAAAUCGAAAGAGUUGUCAAGGAUUAUAUUAGUCAGGAUAAGCUUUCAGAUAUUUCUCGAAUCAUUGGAUACUUCAGCCAGGACUUUAUUCAGUCUGCCAACCCUCAUACUCGAAAAGGUGGUUUAUUUGGUCUAGCUUCUGUAGCAAUCGGAUUAAAUGAGGACGCACGUUUUUUUCAUGGACCAAUAAUUUUACCUAUAAUUCGCACAUUCCAUGAUAACGACCCACGCGUGCGACAUUAUGCAUGUGAAGCCCUUUUCAAUGUGAUGAAAAUAACUAGGAAAGAGACGUUAAAUUAUUUGAGCGAUGUGCUUGAUGCCAUUAGUCGAGGUGUAUCGGACUCUGACUCCUCUGUUCGUCCCUCAGCCUUACAAUGUGAUAGACUUUUAAAGGAAAUUAUCAUGGAGACUGAAGUUUGUGACUUAACAGAUAUUGUCUUAUUACUGAAAGAACGUAUUUACACGAACAAUCCGUAUACUCGUCAGUUUAUUGUUUCUUGGAUCACUACCUUAUAUGCUAUACCUGGACUAAAAAUUUCUGUUUACUUGCCGCAAUUAUUGGAUGGACUUUUCCGUAUACUUGGCGAUCCGAAUCCGGAUUUACGAAGACAAUGUGAAAUGCUUUUAACAGAUUUACUUAAAGAGAUUGAAGCUAAUCCAAAUGAAAUUGCAUUAGAUACAAUGAUCAACAGUUUAAUUGUGCACUGUAGACUUUCAGCAACAGCUUGUGCUUUGGCCGAUAUUGCUUUGAAGCCAUCAUCUCCACGUAACUCUCAGUUUUCUAAUCUCCUCAAUUCAUCGAUCGUUGUUGAUACGUCAGCUCAAAGUAUUAGUCUCACACAAACUGCUCAAAACGCUUCUGAUUCGUGGUCCUUAAAAAGCGGAAAUAUAUGUAACGCACCAGAACAAUUAAAACAACGAGCGGCACUAAAGUGGAUAAAAACAUUUGUUGAAAUAGAUCCGCAUCAUAUGCUUCCAUAUGCUUCAGGAAUUAUUGGUGCUGUUCUUCCCUGCUUUAUGCUCUGUGGACCAUCUGAUGCUUUACAAGAAAGGAAAGUUGCUCUCGAGACAGCUGUGUGCAUAAACGAAACGCUUUUGAAGGCUGUUAGAUUAUUCAAUUCAUGUACUAUGAAUAACUUGGAUUCAUGCGAAUCAAUAGCUCACAGUGCAAUGGAUUCUCACCGAGUCUCACUGAAUUCAGGAAACCAAAGUGAAUCGUUAGUCAAGUUUUCACAGGCUGAAAAUUCAACUAAACAGUUUACAGACUCAUCUCUCAACACCACAACUGAUACACUAUCCGGUGGACAAAACAAUUCACAAAUUUUGUGCACAGAUGCAAUCUUAGAAGCUACUUUUCAACUUCUUAAUAAUUCAAGUUUAUUUACUCGCUUGGCAGCACUACGCUGGAUUACUGUACUUGCAGAAGUUUGUUCAUCUGAUGUUUUUUCUCAUGUUGAUCGUCUUUUACCAGAAAUGCUCAAACUAGUUUCUGAUCCUGCUGAUGAAAUGGUGCAUUCUACUAUUUCAUUGAUUGGAAAACUCAGUCAUCAUACUACUGUUGUUGGUAAUGAUUAUCACAACAAAGAAUCUGUUAUUUUACCUCAAGAACUAGUUAAGUUGCUUCAUGAUCCGGUUAUAGUGAAUGGACAAAAUAAUAGUCAGAUUUCUGAUUGUUCAAUGGAGACUUCAUCUCAAGAAUCAUUACCGUCAUCAUCUUCUGCUCCAAAUACAUUUUGUUUACGAUUUCUUCUGGACUUAGUCGAAUUGUUUAACAAAGAUUCAGAAUUAUUACGGAAACGUGGAGAUAUGAUUAUUACCGAUCUCUGCCAAGUUCUUGGUGCUGAUACGGUUUACUGCACCGUUUCAACAAUUAUUUCUUAUAUUAAACCAUUGGAAUCAGCAUUUGUACUGGUACAAGCGUUGAAUCGGAUUCUUUUAACUCAACCAGUGUUACAUAAUUUCCGUAAACAAUUACGUUGUAUUAAUACGAAGGCCCAAUGUCAGUUGUUUGAAAAACUCGGAGAUAUUGUUAUUACUGUUGAAACUCUCUGUGAUAUGGAUCAGCUAAUUCAAAUGAUAGAAUCACCAAUAUUUUCCAGUCUUCGGAUGCACAUGCUUGAUAAACGAUUCAGUGCUGAUCUUCGCGAAACUUUAUAUUGCCUACUUAUGUGUCUUCCACAAACAGAUGCCUUCCAGACACUUUGGCGACGCUUACAAUGCUUACCACCUGUGGAAUAUAUUUCAGAUAAUCCAGUGUAAUAAUUAUUUUCUUUAGUUUCUAUUUAUUUCCAGAUGCUCUGUGCAAUCAUAAGAUCUGAAACACGGAGAAUUAAAUAUUGAUUUGGAGCGUUAUUUAGUGUUAAAAAUGAUCUACAUGGUUAUAACAAGAACUCAUUUAAGUAUAGCUGGAUGUAAUCAGCAUUUAAUUUUCCAGUGUUUGAAAUCUUAUGGUUAUCUUUCAAGAGUUGUAUUACCUUCUUGAUAAUGUUUUAAGACGUUAAAUCCUUUAAUAAGACACGGUAGGGAUUUUCCCAUUGCUGUUAUGACUGACUGUUUUUAUUCUUUUGUAUUGAAUGUCAUGUUUAAAGAUUUCUCUAUUAAUAGUAGUCAUUUUAUUCUGACUUUUGCUUGUGUUGUAUGAUUUAGUAUGUCUUAUUCCCAAUUUUUGAGCUUUUUAUGCAUUACUGCAAUCCGUUAUAAGUUAAAUGCAUUUGCGACCUAAUGAAUUUACGCCUACUGACUUUAUAUAACAAAUGUGGGUAACUGUUUAUGCUACUUACUAAUAGAAAGUAGUUCGAUAUCCCAAGCUGUAAUAAAGUGGAGUCCCCUUGAGUGCUUAGUCUGUUUGCUAUAAUAAGAGCAAAACUGUCAUAGUUAACUGUUAUUCAUUGGAUUUGUGUAUAAUGGUUUAGUUAUCUUGAAUAAGAUUUCCAUAUUGAACUAAUAUUUAUUGUUAUAAGGUAUAAAUUUUUAAACCAUUUCUUUUUGUAUUGAUCCACUCUUUUAAGUAGUCGGAUUUCAAAAGGUCCCCAGUCUACACAGAAUAUAAUUAGUGUGUACAUCAACUUUAAUGAGUUAUUUGAUUACUUUCAUUCAAUUCAGAAGCAAUCUGAUGAAUAUCGUUUAAUGAAAAUGAUAAAUCACAAUAGGAAUGGAGCACAACCACAAAAUCAAAAUAGUUAUACAAUAUCCAAUGAAAAUCGUUCAAAUAGAGGUAGUCUUGGAAACGUUUUUAAUAAACUGGCUGUCUCCGAUGAAAAGCCAUCUGAUAAUAUAUAUCCAACUGAUAUUCAGAGGAAAAUUGAUUCUAAAACCACAGUUUGUUCAGCUAAUGAUUAUCUUACUGCGAGUUUUGCCAAUCUAGGAAUAAACAUUGACUACGGUGCCCCAUUGAAUAUCGUUGAUUAGUUGGGUUUUUGUCGGAAUCGUUGGCAUGUUGAAUAUGAUGCUUUUUAUUGAUUUUUGGAUUUUUAUCUUUACAUACAAAUGACUCCAUGUGAUCACUUCUAUUUACAUGUACUAUGUUAAGUUGUGAUUUUUUAAUACUUCUGAAACUGCAUAUAACUGGUGAUUAAAAAUAUGAUACAUUUAAGGUCACUUCAUUUAUUUUAACUUUUUCGUAAUUCUUAAAUAUGAUUUUUCUUCAUUACCAGUCUUUUGUUCUUUUGUCAACUAUGAUCAAUAAGACGAUUGAACUUUCUUGUUGGUGUCCUUUUACAACGGAUAAUUUUCAUUCCCAUAACGCAAUGCUUUUUUUUGUUAUAUAUAUUCGGUGCUUUAUACAAUUUAUUUGUAUGGAUGUGCGCAGUUGGUGUUGGUCACUUGUGAUAAGGUAGCUUGUAAUUGUUGCUCAACUUCAGAUAGACUAAACAUCUAACCAGUGGAUCCUUGUAGUGUGUAUAUGUACAAAUGGGGUGGAUUGUUAGGUGUACUUUGUCACAUUGCCUACCAAAUUUGACAACACUAUUUAAGUCUCCCUUCCCAAGUUUGGCUGUUACGACUUUAAAUGUAUGGAAAACAGCUGAGUUUUUUUCAGGUAAAUGGUUUAAUAAAAAAAAUAAAGAAAUUUUUAAAAUUUUUAUCAAAAUUCAGGAUCUUGUUAUUCUGAAUUGUGGGAGUAUUCUUUACUGACAUUGCAUUGACAAUUCAUUGACGUUUUAAUAUUUAGUCUAUCGACAUAAAAUUGUUACUAAAUUAGAUAGGAAACUGUGAUAGAUUGUCUAAAUUCAACUAAUAUUUCAGUCAGUUUGUCUAAUGAUAUUGCAUCAACACUUCCUCAAAGAUCUUUCCAGUCAGUUUUUUAACUUUUUAUUGUAUUUUCCAUUUCGUAGCUAGUUUCAGCUUUAUCAACUGCUUAAGGUUUAGUCAUCUAGUUUCAUCACAUGUAGACUCGAAAGAAUGAAAUUGACUGAUAAUCCGUCAUAAUUUUACGUGAUGUAUUCUCCCCAUCAUUACAGGGACUUGAUUUAAGGGAGACAAACUGAGUCAUUUUGUACAACCUUUUCAAUUGUUGUUUUGGAUCCAGUAUUUCAUAUAAAUACUGACUACUAAUUAGUGUUGCAUUUGCUAUAUAUAGUCUUCGUCGGAUAUAACAAUUCGUUUAACACUCGUGAGUGGGAUAAAUAUGACCUUAUUUUAUUUGUUUACUUUUGGAAGUAUAUGUUUCAGUCAUCGGUGAUCUGUUACUAGUAUCAUCUUAAAUUUGAUUAGAUAAAAGGGGUGCUAGUAGUCGUCCAUCAUUUUGGAAUUAAAAAAUUGUCGUACGACCUAAAAAGUCAUGUAAUGCAUAAAACUAUUAUCAAGAUACAAGUCUACUAUCAGUUGUGCCUAAGUCGCUGGGUUUCACUGUUUCUUAUAACC